AUGGCCGACCCAAACCAUUCCGCGACGGACUUGCCGAAAGACGGCGCGCCUUCUUCACUCGCGCCGGAGCAACAGAAAGAAGGGAACGCGGCACAGGCCGCCAACGGGCCCGGAAGCCUCGACAAGAAGGAUGCCGAGAAAGCCGGAAAAGGCGACCGCGGCGCACUGACAUCGCAGGGCCAGUUGAUCUCCCUGAUGCGAGAGAUGAGGCUGGCGAACAAAGGCGUCCCUCCACCCUUCGCCCCCCACGCCUUCUGGGACACGCAGCCAGUCCCGAAACUCAACGAGCCUCAAGAAGGGAGGGAAGGCCCAAUCGAGACAAAAACCGUCGAGCAAGUCCGCACGGAACCGUACAAACUCCCCGACGGUUUUGUCUGGUGCGAGUGCGACGUGAGGAAUCCUGAGGAGCUGAAGGAGGUGUAUGAACUACUGAGCCAGCAUUAUGUCGAAGACGACGACAAUUUGUUCCGCUUCAAUUAUUCUGCUGACUUCCUCGACUGGGCUCUCACCGCGCCGGGCUGCCAUCGCGACUGGGUCAUUGGCGUCCGUGUCUCAUCAACCAAAAAGCUCGUCGGCUUCAUCACGGCGACGCCCUCGCAAAUUCACGUCUUCUCAAACAGUGUCCCCAUGGCGGAAGUGAAUUUCCUUUGCGUUCACAAAAAGCUUCGCUCGAAGCGACUUGCCCCGGUGUUGAUAAAAGAGAUAACUCGGCGCGUGAACCUCCGUAGCGUUUGGCAAGCUGUCUAUACCGCCGGCGUCGUUCUCCCCACUCCCGUCGCCCAGUGUCGUUACUGGCACAGAUCGCUGAAUCCCAAAAAACUAAUUGAAGUCGGAUUCAGUGGGCUUAGCGAAAGAAUGACAAUCAGCAGAUCAAUCAAACUCUACCGAGUGAAAGAAAGCCCCUCGACAGCGGGGCUCCGACCUGCAACCAAAGAGGACGUGCCGCACAUUCAUAAGCUUCUGACAAACUACUUAAAAAAUUUCAAACUGUACUGCGAAUUCACGCAAGACGAAGUCGCCCACUGGCUGCUUCCUCGAGACGGAGUCAUCCACGUGUACGUACGCACCAGCAGCAAGGGAACAGUGACGGAUUUGAUUUCCUUCUACGAGCUCCCGUCUUCGGUCAUCGGCAACCAGAAAUACAAAGAAAUCAAAGCGGCCUACUCCUUCUACAACGUUGCGACGACGGUGUCUCUUAGGGAGCUUAUCGACGACGCUCUCUGUCUCGCGAAGCAACUCGGCUUCGACGUGUUCAACGCGCUGGACGUCAUGGAAAAUCGGUCUUUUGUUGAGGACUUGAAAUUUGGAAUUGGAGACGGAUUUCUCCGCUACUACAUCUACAACUGGCGGUGCCCGGAAAUGAAGCACAGCGACGUCGGUCUGGUUCUGCUGUAA